AUGCCGCCUCCUCCACCCAAGUGGAAGGGACGUUGCGACUUAGGGAACGUGUCGUCAUCGACCGAGCAGUUCUGUAACAAUAAGCUCAUCGGCGCCCGAUCCUUCGUCAACUAUAAUCGGUCCCGGAACGGAUCGACGGAUUCGCCUAUUGAUAACGAUGGCCACGGUACUCACACGUCUAGCACCGCCGCCGGCGCAUUCGUGAAGCGCGCUAAUGUGUACGGGCUAGCCAGGGGAGUGGCCGCUGGAGUGGCCCCCCUUGCGCAUCUCGCCAUUUAUAAGGUUUGCGCGAAUGACGAGUGUCAGGCGCACGACAUACUCGCUGGGAUGGACGCCGCAGUGGAGGACGGUGUGGAUGUGCUUUCAAUCUCGCUCGGUAGUGACCCUAGUCCAUUCUACCUCGACCCAAUUGCGAUCGGCGGUUUUAACGCCAUGCGCAAGGGAGUCUUCGUCAGCUGCUCGGCCGGCAACUCUGGGCCGUUUAAUUCCACCGUAUCCAACGACGCGCCAUGGUUACUCACUGUGGCGGCCAGCACUAUGGACCGUGAGUUCUUGGCCACCGUAAAGCUUGGCGACGGCAGCGAGUUCCACGGAGAGAGCAUCUACCAGCCGCAGGGAUUCUCAUCGAAGAAGUAUCCUCUCGUGUUCCCUGGCGGCGCUUCCAACUUAUGUCUCAACGGUUCCCUUAACGGUAUCGACGUGAAGGGAAAGAUUGUGCUCUGUGACCGCGGCAUCAACGGGCGGAUCGAGAAGGGGGAAGUCGUCAAGCAAGCCGGUGGCGCCGGCAUGGUGCUUGUCAAUGCACCGAAAGACGGCUACAGCACUAUCGCCGAUCUCCACGUACUGCCGGCGUCGCACAUUCCCUAUGCCUUUGGACAUAAGAUCAAGGCUUACAUCAACUCAUCCUCCCUCCCGACGGCCACCAUUGUCUUCAAAGGCACCAUUACCCAUGUGCCCCACUCUCCGGCGAUAACUUCCUUCUCCUCCCGUGGGCCUAGCCAAAAUACACCGGGGAUCCUCAAGCCCGACAUCACCGGCCCUGGUGUCAGCGUCCUUGCUGCUUGGAACACACAAAAAUUCAAUGUCAUCUCCGGCACCUCCAUGUCCUGCCCCCAUCUCUCCGGCAUCGCCGCCCUUAUCAAGAAAGCCCAUCCCGACUGGUCGCCCGCAGCUAUCAAAUCUGCCAUAAUGACGACGGCCUACGUAAAAGAUAACACCAACAACCCCAUCUUUGACGAGAGGAACCUUCCAGCCGACCUCUUCGCGGUGGGAGCCGGCCACGUCAUGCCUCUAAAGGUCCUUGACCCGGGACUCAUCUACGACAUCUCUCCGACGGACUAUUAUCCAUACCUUUGCUGCUCGUCGAUCAAGAGCAUCCUAGAAGGAGAGCUCAACUAUCCUUCCAUCACCGCCCAACUGCCGACGAAUGAGGCAAGGACGGUGACCUUCACAAGGACCGUGACCAACGUCGGCAAGGCAGCAGCGACUUACUACGCAAAGUUAGACGUGCCCGACGUGGUUUCGGCACGUGUAGUUCCGAGAAGCUUAACCUUCGAGAAGGUUAAUGAAAAGAAGAGCUUCAAGAUUAGUUUCAAGCGAAGGAGUGACUAUGGGGCGUCGUCACCGACUGUUGAAGGGCAAUUGAUGUGGGUUUCCCAGGCGAGGAGUGUGGUCAGAAGUCCAAUCUCCAUCAUCCCGGAGUGA